AUGACGUUCCCGGCCUGGCCGAUCUGCACUCAUCGCUAUUUUUGUCUGCUCUUGAUAUCGACGUGUUAUUAUUAUGGCAUCACUACGGCCAUUACAGUGGUGGACCACGUGUCCAAGGAUCGAUACGCAGCAGGAGCUGGCAGCGAUAGGGACACCGUUGACGACUCGCGCUUGCGAGAGAAAGUGGAAGACGAGGACGCGGAAAACAAGCAUUUCAUGGACGUUUAUUCGUUGCAAAGCGGACCUCAACAAUUGGAAUUUGGGCACGUGUUCGAGGAUCCAAACGUCUGGGAACAGAGAUACGAGAAAAAGGAUUUCGAUGCCCAACGGUAUCAAGGAAAGGUGAAAUGGGGUGACAAAGACGGCAGUUACGGUGAACAGUAUUGGGAUUUAAACCACGGCGGCGCUGGAUCUAACGAAAACGAAAAAAACGAACCAUACGAAGAACCUACUCCGAUAGAAUACGGACAGGAGAGCCGUCAGAGACCCGUGAUUUAUAAGCCAAUGAUGAUGACACUCCUUAAGAAUAAACCCAAGAAACCCGUUAAAGCUGUACGGAACUAUCCAAAGCGAUUAGUAGAACCACCAGCAUCACCGACAACUAUAGGAAGCUCCACUAAAAAAACCGCUCCUGUUUUAGUUUUCGACAUGAAGACUGGAGUGGUCAUGGACGAAGCCACAGGGAAUAAAUUCAUUUUGAAACCGAUAAAAGAUUAA